AUGGUUGUGAGAAAGAAUUAUGCUAACGAAGAAGAGGAUGAUUAUGAGAAAGCGGAAAGUGAGAAGGGGGAGGAGGAUGUGGAGGCCACAGAGGGCUCAGAUUCCUCCAAUUUGGGCACCACUGUCCCCGACUCAGAGACCAUCAAGGAGGACAUCAAGAACACCUCCCCUCAUUCUAACACUUCCCUGCCCCACACCUCUGAGGGGGAUGGUAGACAUUCUGAUGGUAGGAAGACUACUGCUGAAGAAGGGGAGAAGGAAGAGGCGUUUGGAGCUUUGAUAGUGCUCUUUGGCGAAGGAGUGAGAAGCAGUCAUCAUGGUCGUGCCUAUAGCAGAUCACCAGCUAGAGCGGAUCCGUCGAUACCAGCAGCCAGAGGACUACGGACCAGUGAGCCUAUACCACCUUUUGAGGAUGACAGAGGACGACGACGGAGGAGGAGAGGCGGCAAAGGUGGCAUAGGUUUUGGAGGAGGAGGAAGAGGGGGAGGUGGAGAAGGUUUUGGUGGAGCAGGAGGAGGGGGAGGGCGUGGGAGAGGUGGAUUUGGGGGUGGAGGUGGUGGAGGAGGAUGGUUACAGAGGAGAGGCAGAGGUUGGAAACCUUUGCGACUAUCACAGGGUCCAUUGAUACAGGGAGCAACAAGAGUAGGAGGUAGAGAUGGUGGUGGGGGAGAGGAACCUAUGGAGAUGGAAGAGGGAGCCACAGGUGGUGGAGAGGAUCCUAUGGAGAUGGGAUAG